CAAUGGGGCGGCAGCCGGUAUUCCGUAAUCUUCCGACGUGUGCCAAGUGAAUCGGGAGCGCGGGUCUCGCCCCGAGUCUCUAGGAGAGCUCUGUAACCUGAUGUUUUAGAGGCAAAGCUGGGAGCGUGGCGGUGAAAGUCAGAUCUCUGUGUAAGAGCUGCAGAAAAUGAUCAACUUGCAGUCCCCAGAUGAUGCACACUUUAGUUUGAAGAUGAAUGUGCUGUUACAGGGAUCAGUGACAUUCCCGGAUGUGGCUGUGGACUUCACCCCAGAGGAGUGGCAGCUGCUUGACUGUGAGCAGAGAACCUUGUACUGGGAUGUGAUGUUGGAGAACUUUAGAAACCUCAUCUCAGUGGGGGGCCCAGUUACCAAAACAAAAGCGAUCUUCAAGGCAGAGCAAGGACAAGAGCCAUGGAUGGGGGAAGGGGCGAACCCACGUUGGUGCCAUCCAGAAGCUGAUUGCCUACUUGUUGAUGAAUCAGAGAAGCACCAGGAAAGCAAAGACAAUUUUUUAAAUUCAGUUUUGUUCACAUUCAAUAAAAUUCUGACUGUGGAGAGACUCCAUGGUUAUAACAUGAGCGCAAGUCUUAAUCCUACAAGAAAAAAAUCAUAUAAAUGUAAAUCAUAUGGGAAGAGUUUGCAACCUACUUUAGAUUUACUUAAUUAUAAUAGAUGUUAUACUGAAGAAAACUCAUAUGAAUGCACUGAAUGUGGGAAAGCCUUCAAAAAGAAAUUUCAUUUCAUUAGACAUGAAAAAAAUCAUACAAGAAAAAAACCCUUUGAAUGCAAUGACUGUGGGAAAGCCUACAGCAGGAAGGCUCACCUUGCAACUCAUCAGAAAAUCCAUAAUGGAGAGAGACCCUUUGUGUGCAAUGAUUGUGGGAAAGCGUUUAUGCAUAAAGCACAACUGGUGGUCCACCAGAGACUCCACACGGGAGAGAAACCUUAUGAAUGCCAUCAGUGCGGGAAGUCAUUCACUUGGAACUCCUCCUUUACCCAACAUGUGAAGUCGCAUACACUUGAGAACUCGUUUGAAUGUAAGGAAUGUGGGAAAACCUUCAGGUAUAGCUCAUCCCUUUAUAAACAUUCUAGAUUUCAUACAGGAGAGAAACCCUACCGAUGUAUUGUAUGUGGCAAAGCUUUUGGUAACACGUCUGUGCUUGUUACGCAUCAAAGAAUUCAUACAGGAGAGAAACCAUAUGGGUGUAUCGAAUGUGGCAAAGCCUUCAUCAAGAAGUCACAUCUGCUUAGACAUCAGAUAACUCAUACAGGAGAGAAGCCCUAUGAAUGUAAUAGGUGUGGGAAAGCAUUUUCCCAGAAGUCAAAUCUUAUCGUACAUCAGAAAAUUCAUACAUAAUAUUCAUAUUGAAUAUGACAAAGCCUUAAAUACUAGAUAAAUCUUAUUAAAACAGAAUUCAUGGUGAGAAAUCCACCAAUUCAAAUGGAUUUGGAAGAGUAGAUUCCCAUAAAAAAGAAUCAAUGCCAAUCAUGUUCUGGAAGUGAUAAUAAAGUUUUUACAGAAAAAGUUCACAGAAAACAUUGAUUUAUAAGUAAUAGAGCAUAGAGCUUAGAAAGUGAGCAUAAAUUAAUCAAGGUAUCAGUGAAAACACUAUCUCUGAUUUUUAUUUUUAUAACAUUAUAGAAUUAUACAAGUAUGAGUAUAAAAUAUGUUUAUUACAUUAAAUUAUAUCAAUUAAAGUGAAGUACAUAUCAUUUUUUCUUCGAAUCCUAACAAUAUACAAGUGGAAAAAAUGUGGUCUAAUAUGAAAUAUGAAUUUCAGUAAUAUUUUUAUCCAUUUGCUGGCACUUUUAAUGGGUAAGGCAGUGUUACUGAUCUGUCUCCUCUUUAGUUAUAAAACUUGUUAUAAAGAUGUUUUCCUAUGUAUGUAAACAGCAAAACAACCAAGGCACCAUUUGAGAGGGAACAGCAGUUGUAUUCCGUAUUACAGUAAGUAUUCAGUUGAGAAUAAGUAUUUAAAUAAGUUUGUAAAUAAAACAUUUGCACUUCAAAUAUUCCUAUUCUUUUUCAUUGGUGUAUCUACAUAAGAUGUGAGUGUGGCUCAAGUAGUGUCUAUCACGGGUACUAUCUGUAUUUGAUUUUAAUAAGUAGGGUGUCAUACUUUGCAACUUUUGGGGAGUGAGUUUUUGGGUCUGUAUUUGUUUUAAGAGAUCAAUACCGGUUUAGCGCCUGGGGUGCCUAGAAUUGCCCUUGUGACAGCAUAGGCAGCAUUAAUCAAGUUGAAAAGAGCAAGUUUCUCUGCUUAGCAACUUGAAUCUGGAAUGUGAUAUUAUGUAAGUUACACAUAUUCCCUUAAAAGGACAAACCACCAUU